GAGGUAGUGGGGGCGCGAGCGUCCGGUGUUUGUAACGGCCGCCCGGCCGCGCGCGCAAGGCGGGAGGCUGCGGCUGCCCGGCGCCCGCCCACCCGCCCGGGGAGAGUCGCUGGGGCGGCCUGGCUGCAGCGCCCGGUCUGCUGUUGCCUUGCACCCGACGGCCGAAGGAGUCCUCCUUCCCCUCCCGGACGGGGUUGGCGGCCAGCCGCAGGGAAAGAUGGAAAAUCUUCAACUAGGCUCAGAGGUUACAGAUAGUGUAACAUUCAGUAUUGGUGAGGAGAUGAAUAAAGAGAGUACGAAAACGAUGCUCCAGGAGUCUCAAACUCAGCAGCAGCAAUUGCUGUUUGGAACAGAAAAUAUUGACCUAGGUGCUGAUGCAUUCGUAUCUGAGCCCACAGAUAAACUACCUGAUACAUGUCAAAUGAAUCUGAUGGACAAGCUUAAUGAACAGAUGAUGGAGAGUGUAAUAAUAUCUGACUCACCUAGUAAUAGUGAGGGUGAUGUAGGAGACUUGGCAAACCUGCAUGACUGUGAAGAGGCUUUAGACAUGGAAUGUGGUGAUGUUCUGCCAGUAAAUUCUGAGAAGAAGGAUUAUAAAGAGGCUUCUGCUCAAGAGAGUGAACCAGUAACACCUAUACACAAUACUGAUGAUGAUAGGACUCCAACACAGGAUGAAAUGUCUGUCCCACAGAAUCUGGAGCUUGCACUUGGGUCAGAAGAAGAUCUUCAAGCAACGAAAGAAAGUCUUAAAAAUGGAUCAGAUGGCCAGGUUGACUUAGAAUUGCAGGAGGAGCAGGGUCAGAUGCCAGUAACCACUCAUUUAGCAAAGGAUGAAAAUCUACCAGUAUGCACUAUUUUUAAUCAGGACAAGCAAGCUAAAGACCAGGUUAAUACACCUUUGAAAGCAGAUGGGUAUGAACCACAGAUGGUAAAAUCUCCCAGCUUUGGAACAAUUGUUGAUACCCCAAGUAAACCACCACUGUUUGGAGUUCAUCCUAGCCCUAGCCUAAGCAAAUUUUUCACAGAUGAUGUCAGUUCAAGUUCAUCGGCAGCAGAAUUUUUUGACUCGUUUACAUCAACAUCUUUUAUUUCUGUUAGUAAUCCAAAUGCUAGUGCUUCAGUGCCUGAUCGAUUGUCCUCACUUUCUACUCCAGGGAUGGCCAGUCCAUCCAGCUCCACAAACAAAUCUUUCAUCAUAGGAAAUGGUAUUACACCUUCAGCAGCGUCAUCUACAGACAUAUCUCUGUCACCCAAGCCCUUUACUCAGCUCCAAGCAGCAUUUGCGGGAAGUGACGAUCCCUUCGCAACAGCAUUGAAUAUGAGUGAGGUAGACAGACGGUAUGAUGCUUGGCUUCCAUCUGAAGAGACUAGGAAAAUUCUAAUUUCUGUAGCUACCCAACAGUACAACACAGUGUUCAUUGACAAGGAAAGGUUGACCAUGCCUGGCCUGAAGUUUGACAAUGUGCAAGGUGAUGCUGUCAAGGAAGUAAUGCUGCGGUUUUUGGGAGAACAGGCUGCGAUGAAGAGACAAGCUUUGACUGCGAAUGCUGUAGAACAGUCCUUUGUGGGACUCAAGCAAUUAAUAAGUACCAAGAAUUGGCGAGCUGCUGUUGAUCUCUGUGGAAGAUUACUCACAGCACAUGGUCAAGGCUAUGGCAAAAGUGGUCAACCAACAAACCACACUACAGAUUCUGUACAGCUGUGGUUUGUGCGACUAGCCUUGUUGAUGAAGCUGAGUUUAUUCCAAAAUGCUGAGAUGGAAUUUGAGCCAUUCGGGAACCUUGAUCAGCCAGACUUAUACUAUGAAUACUAUCCUCAUGUAUACCCUGGACGCAGAGGGUCCAUGAUACCAUUUUCUAUGAGAAUUCUUCAUGCAGAGCUGCCACAGUACUUGGGGAAGCCACAGGAAUCAUUGGACAGGCUGCAUGGCCUGAAAGUAAUUUGCCAAAAGGUUCAUGAUAAUUUGGAAAAUGGACUAGCUGAAGAUGGAAGUAUGAUCAGCAUAUCUUCUGAGAACAGACAAGCUUCUAUGCAGUUGUGGAGGUCACGUCUGGGGCGUGUGAUGUACUCCAUGGCAAACUGCCUGCUGAUGAUGAAGGACUAUGUGCUUGCAGUUGACAUGUAUCACUCAGUCAUUCAAUACCAACCGGAACAAGAGCCCCAGCUUUUAAGUGGAAUAGGAAGGCUUCUUUUACAGAUUGGUGACAUCAAAACAGCUGAGAAAUAUUUUCAAAAAGUUGAGAAAGUGAUUCCGAAGUUAGGAAGUGAAUUGCAGCAGAAUAUAAUCAUUCAGAUGAACAGGGCAUUCCUGCACCUUGGUCAAAAUAACUUUGCUGAAGCCCAUAAAUUCUUCACAGAAGUUACCAAAUUAGAUCCAAGCAAUCCAGUGGCAAAUAACAAUGCUGCAGUAUGCUUGCUAUACUUGGGCAAACUGAAGGACUCCCUCAAGCAGCUGGAAGGACUUGUACAGCAGGAUCCCAAACACUACCUGCAUGAAAGUGUUCUUUUUAACCUGACCACUAUGUAUGAGCUUGAAUCAUCUCGCAGCAUGCAGAAGAAACAGAGCUUGCUGGAAUCAGUGGCCUGUCGUGAAGGAGACAGCUUUAAUAUUCAGUGUCUUAAACUACUGUGAAACCGUCUAUGUUUUCCUGUUUGUAAUUAGUUAUUGUAACUUAAUAUGUAAAUAUGUAAAUAUUUUACUGAUCUAUAACUACAGCUGAUGUGUCUAUAUUUCGAGUAAAUAAGUUUUUUUUCUUUCACAGCCAGCUUCUGUUAGGGAUAAGGGAACAAUCUGAAUUUCAAUCACCCAACCUAUGUUUGUACUUUUUUUUGCUCCUUCUAGUCUAUGCAGCCUGAUGAGAGCUGUUCUAAAUGAAUGGUUAGAUGUACAAGAGUAAUGUGAUUCUUGUUCUGUGAUUUUAAAUAAACACCAUAUA